AUGGUCUGGUUCCCGCGUCAAGUGGACAAGGCUGAGCCCACUUGGGGCUUCGACAUCGUCGGUUUACUGGCGGUCAUUGGAGGAGCGUCAAUCGAAAAAUAUGCGUAUGUUAUCACCGCAUCGUUCGUUGGGAGCAUUCCUCGGCUCAUGCCUGCCCCCGAGACGAUGCUCAACAUCAACCGACCGACCCGACUACCUUCCCUUGAAGAAGCGACCGUUUUUGGCAUCUAUUCCGGAAGGAAAAAGGACGGCCUCUGCUUUUUCGGCAAUGCGAUGCAUGGCAUCGACUCCCUGAAGCCCUAUCAGUUCCAGGCAUAUAGGAUAGCCCACAAGAAAGACCCUACUGUAGCUGCAGUCGAGUCGCUUCAGUAUGUCAAGGGAAGAGAAGCAAGAAAUCCAGAGUUGGCAAUCUCGGCCAAGGUCCCUCUGUGCAAUUUCAACCCGCUGGAUUGUGUAACACUGGUCUCGGUCCUGAUAACGAUCGCACUGUUCGUCUAUGCAGGCAUAGAGCACGACGCUGUUGCUCUCCUUGGCCUGGGCACUAUGUGCAUAUCAACCAGCACGGCCUGCCUAUCAGCCGGAUGGUAUCCAAGAAUGAAGUUCAGCGGGUCACAAGAGCCUGGCGACGUGAUCAUCCGCACGCUGGAUGGAGCAAUCGUCUGCGUCACUUGUACUGAAGCGGUCGCACAGGAGCUAUACUUCUCUACCCCAUUCUGCGACUACGUCUACCAGGGUGUGAAACACAAAUCUCUUCUCUUAAUCAGCACGGUGUGUCUGAUGGCCUCGAUUAUCUUCUUCAGUAACUGCACCUGGAAGAUUCAAAUCGCCGUUGGACUCGCGUAUAUCGUUCUCAAUCUCGCUUAUUUUGUCCUGUCCCUCGCCGAAGUCCAUCCAUCCAGAAUCUGGGACAUGAAGAGCCGAUACGAGGUAACGAGGAUUGAAAAUAAGUUGAACGACCACCACAUUCAACCUCUGUGUGAUGCUAUCCGCGUGACGCACGAGGUUGACUGGAUCAAGGAAGGUGAAUUGCUACCGGCGACGCCGGCAUAUGAAGGGUGGUUGCAAGAGGCCAAGGAGAACUGUCGCAAUCCGGAUUACGGCUUUGAGGAAUCUUUUUAUCGAUGGAAAGAUAAAAUUGAGAAGCCCUUAGAAGCUUUGAGGCAUGAACAACGCCUUGCUUCCAUGCCUAAGUCGAAGAAAAUGCUUUUGAAAAAGAUGGGUCAACUCGGAACUUCGGUAUGA